GAGAGAGAGAGAGAGAGAGAGAGAGAGAGAGAGAGAGAGAGAGAGGCUGAAUAUGAAUUCAACUGCAAUCCCUUUUUUAUUGCAAUUGUAACAUCUAACUUUAUAGACAACAUACUGUACACUCCCGAAUGAGGAUGCGCUUGGGAAGAGUAGUUGUGUUUGCUGGUUUAAGUGGGAUUGUGAGUUUCAGUUUACUGGUUUCUGCAAUUGCGACCGAUCACUGGUACAUCCUGGAAGUGAACGACCCGAACAGCACUGUUGACCCGGGCGAGCUGAAUUCUCACUCCGGACUGUGGAGGACUUGCGAAGGCAAUGUGUGUUAUCCUCUUGUGUACCCCUUCUCCACAGACACCUCCAAGCAGCCAGAACCUGUGAGACGAUUAAUCAACAUGUUCAAGGCUGUUGUGAUCCUGCUGCCGCUCAGCCUGGUGCUGCUGGUGUUCGGUGGGAUCUGUGGGCUUGUGAGCUCCCUGUCAAAGAGCAUCACCCUGCUUGUCCUCACCGGCUCCUACUUCCUCCUCUGCAGCCUCCUCACGCUCUCUGGGGUCAGCGUCUACAUCAUUUACUCCAAGCUGGCUUUCGAGAUCAUCGUGCAGGAGUAUGGCGUACAACAGUUCGCCCACGUGCACAUCGCGUUCGGCUUGUCAAUGGCAAUGGCCUGGCUGUCCUUCACUAUGGAGAUCGUCACAGGGUCACUGCUGCUGCUGGCUGCCAAGAUCACUGGUACUCAGCAGAACUUGGAGGCUACCGCGGGGUACUCCCUCUCCAUGGAAGAAGGGCCCUGAGCAUAUUUGGAAAAACUUUUUCAACACUAUCAAUCUGUAUUGCACGCUUAAUAAUCUGCUGUAUUACAAAUUGUAUUCCAGCGUUGAUAUUACCGCUUCCCCGCCAACGCUUCUACACACAGUUACUGACUCCUAAACCAUUUCAGCUGGCAGAGAGAGGGAGGCGAUAGAGGCAGUACACUGAGGUAUUGUGUUAAUGUUUCAUACAUUGCUGUAUUCUUUGAUUGCUUAAGUAAGAAAAGCACCAUUUCAGUGCCACAUUGUUUUAACCCCUGUGUAUCAAUGGUACAUAUCAUUUGCUUCUUGACAGUGUCUUUAUAGUUGGUACACAGCUGUAUUCUAUGAUUCUCUCAAUGCAGUUCCUUUUGCAGGACUUUAAAAAAAAAAAUAAUUCAGAAACUGUUUUAAGCAAACAGCACAGUAGCAUGUAUAGGGACUGUACUUCCUACCAAGAGGAGCCAAGCCCUCAAUUGUGAUGCCAGACCAGCAGGGGGUCUCUGCUUCUGUUUGAUGGGUGGAGACCAGCUCCUGUUUGCUUGGUCGAUGGGGUGAGUAGGGAGGUCGUCAACAGCAACACAACUGGAAUUUCUGCAAUCGGACUGCUGCUGUGCGUUUUCUAACUUCCUUACUGAAGUCUAUGGCCUGGUUUUCCAGUCCCUGAUUAGCCCUCAGUUGGGACUAUUCAGUGUAGCUGCUUUGCUAGAGUAAUCGUAGAUUUGAGUUCAUUAGGGUUUGUGAAACCAUUUUUGGGCGAACCUAAAAACAUCACAGCUGUCUAGGUGGGAGUUUCUACGAGGGAUGGGAAUUUCAAAUAGUUUCCUAUUUGAAUACACGGGGGCCAGCAUGUUUGUGUAUUCGAAUGCCCCAAAUAAAGAAUAAAAGAUAAAUACGUAUGUGUACUACAGCAGACAGCAUAAAAAGUGUAAGCCGCUGAAGUUUAACUUCACUGUUCAGAGGGGCCGCCUUGUUUCACCAAGUGUACAAACAUGAGACUUCUUUGUUCAAGUUGCUUUGUUUAUUCAAUACCCUGUAAAUAAUUCAAAACAAGGAACAUACCUGGUUGUACUCUGUUGACUUUACUCCAUCCAUUCACAGAAAGUAGAUGUUUUACAUUGUACUGCAGUCCACAGAGUUAAAACACUACUUCCAUGUUGUUUUGUCAGUCAUUGCUGUGUUCUGCUUAGCAUUUAUGAUGUCUUUAUAUUCAUCAUAAAGCUAAAUUAGCUUUCUAAUUUCAAUGUUACUAAAGUUUCACGACUGUCUAGCAACAGCGGCUGUGUGCCGUCAUUACAGGUGAACUCAAGAGGGGGAUCGGUUAACAUUAGCUGAAAACAUGUAUGAAGACUAUUUGUAAUUGUUAAUACAAUUCCUAACAAUAUAUGGGUCUAACUUUUAAAGUCCAGAAUGCCAUCUGUGUUUUUAAGUGAUCUAACCCCCCAGAUUCCAGACAUUCUUUGAAGAAGACUCUGAUAAAGACAAACUCAUUGAUUACCAGAGAAAUGUGGCUUGACUUUGUUAAGGAUAUUUAGAUUGUUAUCAGAACUAAGUAUCGAACAUCAAACGAAACAUUUCACACUUGUGACAAUAAAUUCCUGUCUAAGAGACAUUGUGACUCCGAAUGGAUAUUCUAUAAGAGCUCAGGUCGAAAAUAGAGUAAUACUGCCAUCUGGUGGACGAUGGAGAUGGUUCAGUUUGUAAUUAAAAUGCAUUGGCUUUCCUGGUAAAAUAUGUUAAUCGUUAUAAAAACCAUAUUCUUGUGAACUUUUACAUUUACAAACAUAGAAAAUAUAGUGUAUUAAAAGCCUUACUUAAAUCACUAAAAAUUGAGUAAUUUAUCGUUCAAAAAAUUGGUUAAAAUCUAGUUAAUUAAUUAGAUUGAUACGUAUGUGAUUUUAUUUGGCACAGCAUUGUGUGAAAAUACAUCAAGAAAAUAUAAAUGUGAUUAUCAAAUAAAAAUGAAUAACUUAGGAAAAGUUAUAUCACGAAAGAGUAUUUUUAACUAAAUGCAUUUGGUAAAGAUUUACAAUCUUUUGGUUUGAAUAAAGAUGGGAGUUAUCUUUCUGAUGAAGUUAGAUGAUUGAGGAUUUACUAAUGGAAUGACUAGGGGAGUCAUAUAUCUCUCUCACUAGAUCUCCCUGGAUUGCUCAUCAAAACAUCAAGACUUCUUGAUUCCUGUUUCCUGAUUGAAUGCUUUGCUAAGAAAGAAAAUAUUCCUGCUACAAGUGAACUUCAAGACUGCUUAUUUUGGAAUAAAAACAAACUUUUCUUCAUUCACGUGGACUCAACGCACUGCGAGAAAUCUCUUUGCCAGACUACUCAAUAACAACUAGAAGCUUCUUUGCAACGCUGACUUCAGAUAACUACACACAUGCUGUCGUGGGUAUAUAUAUAUUUAUAGUUCAUACUUCUUGAUGGUGCCUACAUAGUAAUACUAUUUGCAGUGUAUUAAACAUGUUAAAUGCUUGAUGUAACCUGCUUAAAUAACUUUAUAACAUGUCAAUGCCAUUCUUAAAUGAAUUUAGCUUAUUUUGAGAUUUUUCAUGAUAAAAUAUGCUGUGCAAAUUAACUGUUUAAAUUACUUCUAAGAUUUUUAUAAUCUAGAUGAUUUUAACUAAGUAGAAUUUGUUGGGUAUU